GGUUCACCGAAUAUAUAUUGACACGUCACUGGUGGCGACUUUGGUGGAUGGAUAUACCUCGCACAUAGCAAAACCCGCAGUGUCUCACCUUAAGGUAUAUGCCUGCCGUCCGUUCUGUAUGCUACGGGCCAAUCGCGAAUCGUGAAGUAUUUCGAUACGAUUAUGGACGAAAGUCUGGAAACCUCAGACUUACCGGAACCAACAUUCAACCCAGCUCCAUCUCCAUGGCAUGAUAUACGCGCGCAGGUUUUUUUCUCCUUUGCAAGAGCCAACUGGGCAGAUGGUCUGCCGCAGGGUUCAUAUGGUGAUUUGGAAGCAUCGGCCCCAUUCUCGGAUCCUGAAAAGAGUGGCAAAUUCGAAGGAGGAUUCAGUUUGUGCAUGAUAGUCCGGUAUCUGGAGUCUCCUGUUGGGCCUUAUGACGAAAUCCUCUGGGCCCCAGGAUUAUUCCAAGACCCUCGCCAUGGCGAAUCGGUAAAGAGAUACAGAAUUACCAGAAUAUAUGUGUCCUCAGUAGACUCGGUUUACAACGGCCGAAGGAAUUGGAAUAUACCAAAGACACUGGCCAAUUUCGAAUUCGUUCCGUCCAAUUGCCCGCAUCCACCGUAUCGCCAGAUCAGAGUCUCACACCCCGAUACUCCGGAACAACCAUUUGUUUCACUGGAUUUCCAGCCUAUCGCAUUGACCUCGAGACCCCUUUUUCCGAUCUCCACGAGCUAUAUUCCGAUGAAUCUUGAGAUUGUGAUGCCACCAAUACCCGGGUCUGAUAACUGGAGGGAAAAUGGAUUGGUAGGCAGCAACAAUGAUGAAUGGAGAUCGGUACAGGUUGACAUAUCGGGUAAAGCUGGUAUGGUCAGAGUAGGAGGAGAGCUUGGUGAUGGAGAUUCAUUCCCAAAACUGAACUGGAAUGGAUUGUGGUUCUGGUUGGAUAAUGCAAAACUGUCGUGCAUGAACGUUGGGGAGUAACGACCAGCUAGAUGGGAUUAGUAGCCUAUCCUAGUGUGUCAAGCGUGCUGCCACUCGGCCAAAAUACCUUAGGUAUUUGGCCGUGCCUCCAACCGAACAUUAGGGCCAACAUAGUUUACUAGGUUAGCUAGGGUACCAUAGGUUUCUGGCUAAAUACGACUGGUUCCAAGCGAUG